AUGGCGAACCAAGGGCAUGACAGAAGGGAGCAAACUUCGAGAUCACAUGGAAAGAAAAUGCCGGCGUAUCGCCCCCCGAGCGACUUUCGGGUCAACGUCGAGGCCGGGCUCCGCACGACGCUGUCCCUGGGGCUGGUCUUCUUGUGGUUAGGGUUCGGGCCAUUCGGGGGAGGACUGUCAUUCUUUGCCGGGGUGACGGCCAUCGUGUGCGUCGGAGGCUCGGCGGGGCAGACCAUCUCCAGGUCUUUGAUGAUGACACACGGAGCUCUGGUUGGGGCGAUCUGCGCUAUACUUCCGCGGUGGCUGAUGCAGUGGGGGCGUUUCCCCGCGGGAGCGGGAUUUUUCGCGGCAGUCUUUCUGGUCCUCAGGAGUCGACGGUUGACGUCCCUCGGCAAGAAAUUCGGCUGCGUGGGUGUGACGCUCCUUGUCCUAGGAAAGAUGUCCGACGACGGGCUAACCCUCUCCUGGUGGGGCUCCGUGGCUACGUUCGUUCGGGUCCACAUCGAGGGGGGGGUCACCGCCCUGGUGGCUUCUCUGCUGCCGUACCCCCGCCUCGCCACGAGAGAAGGAGCGCUCCGUGCUCAGUUCAUGUGCCACUCGCUUUCUUCGGCUGUCGACGCCCGGGUGACCGGGUUCAUCAAGGGUCGCGACGAGACCAGCAUAUCGAGGGCCAGGCUCCUUUGCCUCCAAGUUCGCCAAAAUUUGGAGAUAAUCCGGAUGGAGCUUGGGUGGUCGAGGCUGGAGCUAGGCCUGCUGUUCGGAGGCUUUUGCGCUGGGGGUAUGCAGUCGGCAAACGCCCUGGAGGAAUUGUCCGAGCUGAUGGAACAAGUAUUACAAGGGGUGAGGGGGAUGCGGCAGAGCAUGGUGGACAUGCAUAGGACUCGGGCCCAGGCAUCGUUCUCGCGAGUUGUCGGUUCGUCGCUAAGGGGUGUCUCCAAGGCGGUGGACGUUACCCUUGAGGCUACUUCUAGGCGGUCUGCGCUGCUGCCGGCGUCGAUCUUGGCCUGCUGUCAUCGGUACACGGGAAUCCCCAUGAUGCAACCCCACCCCGACGACUCCAAAGACGUGCUCGUUAACACCGAAAACAAACCCAGCAAGCACCUCCAACCCGCUUUCCCCCCCUCCUUUCCCUCCCCUUGUUUUUAUUUCGAUAACGCGGGGAUCCCUAUUUUUCUACCCGCCCCCACCCACUCCAAGGACGCUCUCGGCACCGCCGACAACACAUCCACCGCCAUGAAAACCAGCAGCGUCGACAACAACAACGCCGCCGCCGCCGCCGCCGCCGCUGUCGCCGGCACCGGGGGCCCCGUCGACGAUGACGAGGAGAGGGGUCUCCGAUCAUCCACGGAACCCCCCCCCCUCCGACGACAGUCCAGCCUGCUCGAGACUACGGGGCGCCUGGAGGAAGCCGUGUCGAGGAUGAUGAAGGACUACCAGCGGGCGCGGAAGGAGGUGCUGUACGGCCUGGACGACCUCGGUCGGCCGCUAGAGGAAGUCGCCUCCUCGGGUCGGGAGGUGGACAGCGGAGGACGAAGCCCGUCUCUCCCGCGAGACCCGGUGUCCCUGGAGGACCUCCAAUCCCUGUCGAAGCGUAUCAACCUUCCCCGGACGGGCAGCAUCAAUCUCUCCGGCUUGAAGAACGGCCUCAGCACGACGGCCGGGGGGUUGCCCGCCCGCAGCAAAGAGGCCGAAGUUAGCGAGGGGAUCGGGGGCAGGAGGAGGGAAGGCGACCCGCUGGGCGGUGUCCCGAACCACGUGCUGGUCAUGAAGGAGCGCCAGAAGCUUGGGAGUGCCGCCACCAUGGCGAGGGGGGCGUUUCUUUUCAGCCUGUCGGGGCUUUGCUCUGCCCUCACCAAGAAGAGGGUUAACCGCACGGGGGGCUGGCGUCCGUCCCAAUCCGCGGAAGCAGCCCGCUUCGUCUUCUCCGGCUUGUGGACGGCGAUCCGACCCCCCCCGGGCCUCCUCGGCGCCUUAUCCUCGACCCCGGGAUUUCUGGCGGCACGAUGCUUCCGCCGCCGCGACAGCAGCCGGGGGCAUCGUCGCAAGGCCAAGUCGGCGCUGAAGCGCCUCGGGGCUGGGUCGGGUCCGGGGUCUCCUACCCCGAGGCCGGGAGGCGUUCGGGAGGGGGGAUGUCUCUCCGCCGUGACGAGGAGCGGGUACUUCUGGUGCUUCAAGGUGUCUCUGGCGCUGACGCUGUGCGCGGUGUUCAGCCUGUCCCCCUUCCUGGCCGAGUUGUUCGAGCCGUCCGUGUGGAUCUCGGUCACCGCCUCCUUCGUCAUGGACACCCAGAGCGCCAGCGCGGUGUCUACGUCCCUGCUGCGGCUGGUCGGCACGGUAUUGGGAGCCGUGUAUGGCAUCCUGGCUGCCAAGCUUGCUGGCCAGCCUGAGGACGAGUCCUACAGCUUUCAGACGUACGCUAUUCUUCUGCCGUGGGUGGCGGUGACUUGCUUCUUCCGGAACAGCUCUCAGUUCUCCUACGCGGCGCUGGUGGCUGCUUUCACCGCCGUCGUCAUCUUCACCAGCUCCAACACCGUGCUCGGGGCCAACGGCGAGGCCGUCUCCCUCGCUAGGAUAGUCAACACGGUCGUCGGCAGCGUCGUGUACCUCUUAGUCGACAUGCUGCUCGCCCCGACACGUGCGAAGAACCUCGUGCUGGAGCAAAUCUAUCUGUCUCUUGACGCCGCCUUCCGAGAGCCGGGCUUCUUGGACGGCGGCGGCUCGGGGCGGCCCUUGGACCCAACGCCGAUCGUGUCGGGCGAACAAGGUCGAGACUCGCCCCCGGGCAAGCCCGCGGCGGGCUCGCCGCCGGCGGAGAGCGCGGGGCCGGCUGGCUCUCCUGCGGGCGGAGAAGAUGGUCCGCUUAGAGACGAAGGACGGAGGAUUGUAGACGUACCGAGAGGGAGUGGGUUGGCGGGAGUUAGGUGGGAGGGGUCGGGAGCUGAGGAAGGGGAGGGCUCCAGGCUGGAGGGGGAGGCGGCGGCGACGGCGGCAGUCGUGUCGACGACGUCUUGGGGAGGGCGGGAAAAAGAGCCCGGAGGCAUCAGGAAGAUGGUGUGCGCCCUCGCGCUUCAGAAGCGCUACCUCCCCCUGGCCGAGCUCGAGCCGCAGCUGUGGUACGAGGCCUUCCCGGCUUCGGCUUACCAGGACAUGGUGGCGGCACAAGAGGAGCUGCUGCGAGCGUUGACCUUGCUGACGAAGUCCGCCAUCGCUGUGUCUGAGGACCGAUCCACGGAAUGGCGCCGAGAGCUGAGCGAGCUCGGCAGCCACUUGGCCUCUCUGGUGCAGCUCCUCAAGAUAGCACUCGAAGACGCUAGAGACGUUUUCGGAGGUGGAGACCUCCCGAAGGCGUUUUCGCACCGGGGAGGCGGGGGUGACGCUGACGCUGACAGUGAUAGUGAUGGUGGUGGUGGUGGUGGGGGCGAAGAAGGGGAAGGCAUGCUGCGGAUGCUGGAUGUUCAGGCGGACGCGAUGCGGCUCAACGCCGACGUGCAGAGCGACUUUGUCAUGUUCAUUCAGGCGUUCAUGGACAGGGGGGCGUUUCCGGUGUGGGAGCUGGAGUCGAUUCUCCGGAUAAGCACGGCCGUGCUGGCCGUCAUGGGCGUGCAGAGGGCCCUGCUAACCUUGGGGCACGCCGUGGCCACCGUGGUCGAUCGCGAGUCGUACGGCUCCUACUACCGAUGA